GGAACUGGGAGAUACUGAAGGGGAUUGGGAGGUACUGGCGGGGGGCUCUGGGAAGCACUUGGAGAUACUGGCAGGCACUGGGGAGACACUAACAGGCAUUGAAGGGGACUAGGAAAUACUGUGGGGCACUGGAGAGAUACUGGGAGGCACUGGAAGAUACACUGGGGAGAUGCUAGGAGGCACUGGAGGGGACUGGGAAAUACUGGGGGGCACUGGGAAAAACGGCCCUGGGGAGACAGUAGCAGGCACUGGGAGAUACUGGGGGCAUUGGGGAGACUCUAGGAGACACUGGGGGGAUACUGGGGGCAUUGGGGAGAUGCUAGGAAGGGAGAUAUUGGGAGAUGCAGGGGGGUUGGGGGGGGACUGGGAAAUACUGGGGAGGGAUGUGGGGUUACUAGGCCCCACCUGGAAGGCACUGGGAGCUACUGGCACUGGCUGUUGGCAGGUAAAUGGCUCGCGGGUGACGCCCCCAUUCCACGUUGCACCCGACACCUGGAUCGUGCCCAGUGGCCGCCGCGUCCUGCUGCUCACGGCCGACGGGCUGCGGGUCAGCUGGGAUGGGGCCGGUGGCCUGGACAUCUGGCCCCCCCGGGCACUGGCUGGACAGCUCUGUGGUCUGUGCGGUGACGCCGACGGGGACCCUGGGAACGAUCGGCGCCGCCCAGAUGGGACCACCACAACCAACGAUGGGGACCUGGGGGCCAGCUGGAGGGUCCCAGAUGACCCCGACACCAAGUGCAUGUCCCAUACACCCUUGGGGCAGCUACAUUGACCUGGGGGGCUUCUGGGAGGUUAUUGGGAGAACUUGGGGUGGGUACUGGGGGAGCUGGCCUGUUAUUGGGGAGGGUACUGGGAGGCACUGGGGAUACCGAGAAUUUAUUUUCGGGCUACAAAGAAGUUAUAGGGUGACCUGGGAUGUUUACUGCGGGGUAUUGGGAGAACUGGGAAGUCCCUUUGCAGUGUCCUGUCUGUCCGUGUGUGUCGUCCCUCCCCCCCCGCGCAGGUGCCAUCCUGGGUCCAUUGCCUUCGGUGACUGCAGCAUUGAGGUCGGUCAUGCAGGGAAAAAACCUGAGAACUGUGGCCAGCUGCUGGACCCUGAUGGGGCCUUCGGGCCAUGCCAGGCCCGGGUGUCUCCUGAGCCUUUUUUCUGGGGCUGCAACCUGGAUUUCUGCAACCUCUGGGGGAAGCGCGAUGCCCUCUGUGCCUCCCUGAGUGCCUACACAGCUGCCUGCCAUGCCACUGGCGUCCGUGUGCGGGAGUGGCGCCGCCCUGACCUCUGCCCUCUCUCCUGCCCGGCCAACAGCUCCUACAGUGUGUGCGGCCCCAUCUGUACCCCCUCCUGCCCUGCCACCCCCCCAGCACCCCCCUGCCCCGCUGGGGGGUGUGCCGAGGGCUGCGUGUGCCAGGCCGGCCUGGUCCUUAGUGUCACCGAGUGUGUCCCGGCAUCGGCCUGUGGCUGCCUGGACUUCAACGGCAUCUACCGCCCGGUUGGGGCCAUGUGGCUCGAUGAUUGCAUUGUGACCUGCACGUGCCAUGGCCCUGGGAAUGUGACGUGUCAGCUCAGACCCUGCUGCACCUUUGAGGACUGUCAGUUCCAGGAUGGCGAGUACAGCUGCUACCCCUUACUGUGGCGCGUGUGCCAGGCCUGGGGGGACCUGCGCAUCAUCACCUUUGACGGGCGCCACCUGGAGGUGCCAGGUGCCUGCACCUACAUUCUGACUCAACCUUGCCAGCGCCAGACCCCAUGGCUGCCCAGCUUCGAGGUCUGGGCUGAGACUGAGGCCACAGGGCUGCCCGGAACCUCCCGCGUCAGUGCCGUCCGCAUCCACGUCCACGGGCACUGGGUUACGCUGCUGCCACGCGGCCGUGCCAGGGUGGACGGGCGUGGCGUGCAGGUGCCCUGGGUGCUGACCGGGGCCCGACUGCGGCUGAGUCUGGGAAGCGACGGCCGUUCUCUGCUGCUGCUCACAGACUUCGGGGUCCGUGUCGCUUUUGAUGGCGUCUCCCGAGCCGACAUCGUGGCCCCCGGCGGCUACGGCAUGGCCCUCUGUGGCCUCUGUGGGAACUUCAACCUGGAAGUCAGCGAUGACCACCUGCUUCCCAAUGGCUCCUGGGUCUCCUCAUCCGCGCAGCUGGGGGCCGCCUGGGCCGUGCCUAAUGCCAGCGCCCCGGGCUGUUCCAGUAUUGGGGACCCCCUGCCCUGCGACCCCCAUGUGGAGGCCGAGGCCAAGAAGCUCACGAACUGCGGGCUCAUGAGUGAUCCCCUAGGCCCGUUCUACGAGUGCCACUACGAGAUGUCGCCCCAGCGCUUUGUGGCCGCCUGUGCCCGAGCUGUGUGUGCAGGGGGAGGCGCCGCGCUCUGCCCUGCGGUGGAGGUCUAUGCUGCCCGCUGUGCCCAGCUCGGCCUGCCCGUGGACUGGCGCCAGCCCCACCGUUGCCCGCUGUCAUGCCCAGCCCCCAGCCAGUACUCGCCCUGCGCCUCCCCCUGCCCCCCCAGCUGCACCGAACCCUGGGGGGGGCAGUGCCCAGGAGUGCCCUGCAUUGAGGCCUGUGUCUGCCCCACCCCGUUCGUGUCCAGUGCCGGUCGCUGUGUCCACCCCCUGCAGUGUGGCUGCACCCGGCCUGACAGGCAGCACUACGCGGUGGGCGAGAGCUGGAUGGACGAUGCCAACUGCACCCAGCGGUGCACGUGCCGCAGCCCGGAGGACAUUGCCUGUGAGGCCUGGAGCUGCCUCCCCGGGCAGGAGUGCAGUGAGCGCGGCGGGGGGCUGGGCUGCCAUGACACACGUGCGGCCACAUGCUACGUGUUCGGCGACCCACACUACGUGACUUUCGAUGGGGCAUCAGUGACCUUGACAGGCACCUGCUCUUACACGCUUGCCCGCGUGUGUGGCACCCACCCAGGCCUGGAGGACUUCACUGUCGUGGGCACCAAUGCACCCAGUGCCACCCCCGGCUCCUCCUUCCUGGUGCGGGUGGAUGUGACGGUGGGCGGCGCCUGCGUGACCCUACUGCGUGGGCACCGGGUCCUGGUGGAUGGGGUCAGGGUGAGCCCACCACUGCGGGACAGGCUGCGGGGACUGGCGGUGACGGAGGCCGGCACCUUCGUGGAGGUGCGCAGCCAGGGAGGCCUGGUGCUGCGCUACGAUGGGCGCCACCUGCUGGAGCUCCGUGUGCCCGGGGCCUACUACAGCCAGGUGUGCGGCUUGUGCGGCAACUUCAACCACCAGCCUGAGGAUGACCUAACUUUGCCAGAUGGGCACCCGGCCCCCAGCGCCCCUGCCCUGGGCAGCGCCUGGCAGGCGCCCGGGCCCUCCCCGCCAGGGUGCCAGGAGGACAACAGCGAGGACCUGAUGCCCCCCUGCUCCCCGGAGGACUCAGCACGUUGGGCCGCCCUGUGCCGGGAGCUGCAGGCGCCUGUGUUCGCCCUCUGCCACCCACGGGUGCCAGUUGCCCCCUUCGCUGACGCCUGCCUCUUCGACCUGUGCGCAACCCGGGGCCAGGCCUUGGCCCUCUGCCAUGCCGCCCAGGCCUACUCCAAGGCCUGCCAGGCCCAGGGGGGCCCCCCUGUUGCCUGGAGGAACAGCACCUUCUGCCCCCUCCCAUGCCCCCUGAACAGCCGCUACACGCCAUGUGCCCCAGCCUGCCUGCCCAGCUGCGCUGAGCCCCUAGCACCCACGGCCUGCCCCGAGGACCAGGCCUGCAGCGAGGGUUGUGACUGUGACGUGGGGCACCUGCGCAGUGGUGAUGCCUGCGUGCCUGCAGAGGAGUGCGGCUGCGUGGACGAUGAGGGACACUACCACAGUGCAGGUGCCACAUGGCUGCUGCCAGGCUGCAAGCGGCACUGUACAUGUGAGCCCGGAGGCUUCUGGCCCUGCGAGAACUUCCUCUGCCCCCCGGGCUCAUCCUGCACCUUGGGUGACACUGGCACCUACUUCUGCCAGGCCGCACGCCUCCACCGCUGCACUGUCUCAGGGGACCCACACUACCGAACCUUCGAUGGCCUUGUUCACCACUUCCAGGGGGCGGCGACCUACACCCUGAUCCGGACCCUGGGGCAGCUCCAGCCUGGGCUGCCCCCACUCAGCGUAGCUGGGAGCAACCACCAGCGCCUGGGGCUGUGGCCUGUGGCCCUGCUGGAGGAACUGCACGUGGCCCUGCCCAGCUACAAUAUCUCCCUGCUGCCUGGCCGGCGCCUGGUGGUGAAUGGGGUGCUAACGAACCUGCCCUUCUCCCCUGAUGACGACCUCAGCAUCGGAUUCUGGGGGCUGCAGAUCCUGCUGCAGACCCAAGGCGGCUUCAGCGUCACCUUCGACGGACUCCACUAUGCAGGUACUGAGGUCUAUUAUGCUCAGCAGAGCUGGGUAUAUCAGGGCUCUGUUAAACCCAGCCCAGCCUCCCAGAGCUGGGUGCAUUUAGGCCUGUUACACCUAGCCCAGCCCCCCAGAGCUGGGUGCAUCCAGGCCCCGUUACAUUCCCCUUCCCUCAGCUGCUUCUGUCCCCCAGAGCUGGUGCUCCCCGAGCCAUACAGAGGGGUGGUUGGGGGCUUGUGUGGGACCCUCAACGGGGACCCCGAGGAUGACUUCACACUGCCAGAUGGGGCCAGCACCCACAGUCUUGAGCGCUUUGGGGAGGCCUGGAGGGUGCAUGCGCCCCCUCACGACAGGCAAUCGCUGCCUGAAUCGGGGUUUGAGGCUGCCUGCCCCGCCUCGCGCUUGGCUGCUGUCAAUGGGUCAGAGCAGUGCGGGGUCCUCGGGGCCCCAGGGGGGCCCUUCGCCGCCUGCCACCCCCAUGUGCCCCCUGGCUCCUACCAGCGGGACUGUAUCUAUGACCUCUGCGCCUUGCCUGAUAACCCCGAGCUGCUGUGCCAGGCCUUGGCUGCCUAUGGGCACGCGUGUCGCCAGGUGGGGGGGCUGGCACUGCCGUGGCGACAGGAGACCGGCUGUGAGGUGUUGUGCCCGCCCCCCUCGCGCUAUGCAGCCUGUGCCCCUGCCUGCCCCCCUGCCUGCCCGGCACCCAGUGCCCCCCCGGCCUGCAGUGCCCCCUGUGUCGAGGGCUGCGUCCCUGCACCCGGCUGGGCCCUCAGCGCCCGAAGCUUUGUGCCCCUGGCCCAGUGCGGCUGCUCCUGGCACCAGCGCUACUACCAGAUGAACGAGACCUUCUUCACCCCUGGCUGCACCCAGCGCUGUACCUGCCAUGGCCCUGAGACCCUGUGGUGUGAGUCAGGGGGCUGUCCCCCUGGCCUCGUCUGCGCCCUGGCCCAGCUUGCCUGGGGCUGCUACAUCCCCGGGCCAUGCCUGAGCAGCCCUUGCAAGAACGGUGGGCACUGCUGGGAGCUGGACGGGGGCUUCGUCUGCGACUGCCUCCAGGGCUAUGAGGGGCCCCGGUGUGAGACCCCCAGCCAGCCGGGGGCAGGCCUUCCUACUGCCGUCCUCCAGGUCCUGCUGCCCCUUGUCUUCGGGGUCCUCAUCACAGUCGGUGUCUGGCUUUAUUGCCACAGGAGGAAGCAGCACAGGAGGAAUGUGCCCGGAGUCAUGACAACGCCCCCUGCAGGUCAGAGAGCCCAGGAGUCCAGGGCCUUGUUCUACCCAGCCCUGCCCUUGACUUUGACCUUUGACCUUCUCCCCCUCCCCCGCAGGCCUCAGAGCCCCCCCAGCACCUACCCAGGAGGAGUCUAUGCAGUUCUGAGCGCUCCACUAAGCCCGGGCGCUCUGGUUCCCUGGGGGUCAGAACCUGGACCACAGACGCCUGGGGUCUCCGUUGGCCGGAAGGGGUAGAAGUGGGGGCAGGGACCCCGGUGGGGCUGGACUCCAAAUGCCUGGGUCCUGCCCCCCCCCCAAUAAAGACCCAUGAAGACGUGUCUGCCUGUCCUUCCUGAGCCCAGAUGCCUGGGCUCUCUCCCCUCAAAGGAGGGCAGGGGGGUGGUAGGGUUAAAAGGACCCCACCUUAAGGGGAAGGAGUGGGAGAUGGACCAAUAUGUUCUAGGAACUGGGACCAGUAAAGGGCAUGAAUUAGGACCUCUAAGGAUAGGGAUUGGAAGGGAGGAGGUGGGGGGAUAGGGACAAGCAGGGUGAUGGCACUGGGACCAGUGUGGUGGGGUCAUUGGGACCAGUAAGGGGCAAGAACUGGGGGAGGGGGGUUCACCGGGACCAGUAAGGGGUGAGAACUAGGAUCAGUACAGCCAGGGAAUUGGGAUGUAUAAUGGGUGGUAUUUGGGACCAGUAUGAUUGGACCAGUAAGGGUUGGUACCUGGGACCAUGUGGCUGUGCUACUAGGCCCAGUAACUCACAGCUGUAUGGCUGGCAACUGUGACCAAUAAGGGUUGGUAACUGGGACCUGUCUGGCCGGGGAACUGGGACAAUAUAGAGUGUUGGUAAGUGGGAGCAGUCUGGCUAUAUUACUGUGACCGGUAGGAGUUACUGUAUUACUGGGACCAGUCUGGCCAGGGAACUGAGACCAUUGAGUGCUGGUAGUGGAAGUUGUGGGGAGUGGGGUAGGCUGGGGCUCUGGGGCCAGUAUGGUGGGGGUCACUGGGACCACUAAGGGUUGGGGGCUUGAGACUGAUAGGGCUGAGUUGCUGGGACCAGUGAGGACUGUGCACUGGGACCAGUAAGGGUUGAGAACUGGAACCAUUAUGGACUGGGUAGAGAGACCAGGGAGGGUUGUUAACUGGGACCAGGCUGGUUGGCAGCUGGGACCAGUAGGGCCAGGGAACUGGGACCAGAUAGACAGUGGUACCUAGGACCAGUCUGGUCAGGCUAUUGGGCCAUAUAGCUGGGUUACUGGGACCAGUAAGGGUUGAGAAUGGAUUCGUAGAGCUGGUGAAAUGGGACCAAUAAGAGUAACUAGGACCAGAAUGGCCAGGCUCCUGGGACCAGUAGUACUGGGUUACUAGGACCAGUAAUGGCUGGUAACUGGGACCAGUCUGGCAUGGUUACUGGGAGCUUUAUGGCUGAGGAACUGGGACCAGUACAGCCACAGAAUUGGGACAAAUAAGGGUUGGUAGUUGGGACCAAUCUGGACUGGUUACUGGGACCAGUAGGGGUUGGGAGCUGGGACGUGAGAGGAGUGGUCAAUGGAAGUGAAUCACCAUGGUGCUCCAUGACCAGCGGUGUCCCCCAAGCCUCUGUCCUCGGACCUGUACUCUUCAGCGUCUUUAUUAACAAUGGGGACACGGGUAUUAGAAGCGGACUGGGCAAGUUCACCGAUGACACCAAACUUGGGGGUAGUGUCCACACUCAAGGAUAGGCUGAUGGCCUCACGUAUGAAUGUUAAAUGUCCCAGUGGAAGCCCUAGGCUCCCUCGCACUCACAGGAGGACACUGGUCCAGAGCUGGGGUAGGAGUGGAUUCCCUUGAGUGCCCUAACUUGCUGCUUUUGCAAUAGUUGCCUGGUGGGUUCGCUAUAGCAGUAGUCCACCCAUCCCCCAGCAGGCCAAGUUUAAAGCCUGGUCGAGCAGGUCAGCCAAUCUUGUUGAGAAGAGCUUCCCCUCCAGUGCAGUGAGGUGGAGGCCGUCUCUUCCCAGCAGACCACUGCCUGUCACCGAAGAGUGGACUGUGAUCGUGAAAGCUGAAGCCUUCAGAUGAACUGGGAGCUGGGAUGAUGUCCCCUUAGCUGGGGGCAACAUUAGCCAGUGCCUUGCUCAAGUCUAAGUGAACCAUGUGCACUCUCCACCCCCUCUGUACCAGGCACGGGGUACCUGAAGGCACCAUGGGGGGGAGGGGGCGGGUUCUGGGCAUGACCAGGCCUGGGGGGGUUCCUGUCCCCUCUCCCCGAAAGGCCUAGGCAAGGCUCCCUUCGGCCCUCCCUGUGGCAGCCCUGGGUGCUGGGCCGGGCACUGGGACCUCCAGUUACCAACACUUGCUGGUCCCAGUUGCCCCCAGCAUGUUUGGCUCAGUUUCCAAAGCUUGCUGGUCUCAGUUCCCUGUCCAAAUGUGUCAGUUCCUGCUCAGAAAGGUCCUAGUUGCCAACCCCUACUGGUCCCUGGUGCCAGGCCAGACUGGGCCCAGUUAGCAACCCUUAUUGGUUCCCAGUUCUGCAGCUGUAAUAGUCCCAAUACCCAGGCAUACCCUACUGAUGACAUUCAAUACAGAUAAAUGCAAGGUACUCCACCUUGGCAGGGGGUGGGAAACCUGCAUCAUGCGUAUAGGCUCAGCAGUGCUACACUUGCUAGCACCACGGGCAAAAGGGACUUGGGGGCCAUGAUUGACCACAAGGUGAACAUGAGCCACCAAUGCAAUGUCGCUGCUGGCAAACAAACCCCUGGCUUGCCUCUAUAGCUGCUUCUUGAGUACAUCUCAGGAUGUCAUCCUCCCACUGUACUCAGUCUUGGUGAGGCUGCAGCUGGAGUACUGCGUCCAAUUCUGGGCUCCGCAAUUCAAGAAAG